AUGGAGCUCACCAACAAGAAGCCCUCGUCUUUACCCACCAACUACGUCACCAUUCUCGAGCUCAAAGAGCGCUGGCUCAAAGAGAAGGAACGACAACGAGAUGAGGAGGAACGACAACGAAAGGAGAAGGAACAAGAAGAAGAGGAGCUCCGACAGCAAAAGCUCCAAGAAGAGCAGGCAAAGCAACAGAAGCAAAACGCCGUCGUUCUGAAAACCCGAACCGAUUCCAGACCUACGGAUCGCAGUAAUCAGACACAGUUUCGGCCGGUGAAUCGGAGGAGUUUUUCGAAGUGCAAGGGUGCUGAGCUGGAGGGGAAAAAGCAACCCGUCGUACAGAAAACCGAAGCCCAUUUCAAGCCCAGGAAUCGCAGUGAUCGGACACAUUUUGGGCCGGUUAAUUUGAGUGUUUCGGAGUGCGACGGUGCUGAGCUGGAUGGGAAAAAGCAACCCGUCGGUGCUGAGCUGGAGGGGAAAAAGCAACCCGUCGUACAGAAAACCGAAGCCGAUUUCGAGCCUAGGAAUCGCAAUGAUCGGAUACAGUUUGGGCCGGUUAAUCGGAGUGUUUCGGAGCGCGGGUCGGUUAAUCGGAGUGUUUCGGAGCGCGAGGGUGCUGAGCUGGAGGGGAAAAAGCAACCCGUCGUACAGAAAACCGAAGCCGAUUUCGAGCCUAGGAAUCGCAAUGAUCGGAUACAGUUUGGGCCGGUUAAUCGGAGUGUUUCGGAGCGCGAGGGUGCUGAGCUGGAGGGGAAGAAAAACGAGGAACCAGAGGAGAAGAAGUUAUGUAAGAAGAAGAACAAGUCGAAGAAGAAAAAGUCGCAGAAGAAAAAGAAGAAUGUUAGGGCAGAGGAGGAGGAAGUGACCGAGAAGGAAUGUAUAGUAGACGCGCCUCAAGCGAGUUGCGAGAAGGGAGACGAUCAGGCGACAGGGAAGGAAGAAAAGAGACCUGAAAUCGAAAUUAGGGCAAAGAGCGAGAAUGUGCUUCCGACUGCGGAGAUUGUGCCGAAAUUGAGGGAUUUAUCGUUGAAUGGUGAGACUGGAAAAGGGGAUGAUGAGUUGAAGAGACCAAGAAUAAUUGAUCGCCGUGGUAAUGGAGUUAGGGCUUAUCAUGAGAGGCCUGGUCGCUGUGAUAUGCAGAAACAGAGAGGUUAUGCUGGGAGGGUUUGGGUUAAGAAAGGAGAAGUUGCUGAUGACAAUGGUGGUGGAGUUCAACAAAGCUUGGAGCGCAAUGAUGUUAUUUCUGGUGAGAAUCUCUUUGUUUAA